UCGUUUUCUUUGUUCCUGUUCCAAGUGCAUUUUGCAUGGCACAACACCAAAAAAAAAAAAGGGACACAUUUGAGUGAAUGCGUGUGCGCGUGUGUGCGCUCAUUGUGCGUAUCGUCUUCUUGUGGCGUUUGCUUCCUUGCUUGCUUGCCUGCCUGCCUACUAGCUCACGGACGGCUCAGGCGUGCGUUGUAAACAUCGAGGUGUACGGCUCGCACAAACAAACCGUGCAAUUGCCGUGCAAAGUGAAACUUCCGACCGACCAGCUGCUGCUGCAGCCCAAGUGUGAGUCACCUGGCAGUGAAAGGGAGGGAAAUCAAACGCACACCCGUCUCUGGGAGGGGAGGGGGGAAAACAAUCUCCACCCCACCGCGCAACCUUUGGUGGACGCGGGCACGGUUGGAGGUGACGGUGGCGCUAGCCAAAAGUGAAGACACAAAAUAACCCACGAAAACGUUUUCACGAAAGUUGUGACACGUUUCUAGUGUGUGUGUAUGUAUUUGCGUGUAUUUAAGAGUACUCACAAGCCCCACAUCCUGUGUCUGUGUGAGUGUGUGUGUGUAAGUCAGUGUGUGAUUUCGGGAGGUGAAUGGUUGCGCGGAGUGCACAGGUGUUGCAGGAAGACGGUGAGAAUCCGAUCUAAUCACUCUACCAAGGCCGCUAAGAAGUUUAACAACAGUGGUGUGUGUGUGUGUGACCUUUCCGUAAGGGGAAAAGGCUACGAAGUUACUUACUCGCGCGAAGUUGCUAGCAUGCACCAGUGCGGAGUCGCUGUAGCACUGUACGGUCAUUAAAACGGCGGCCCCAGUACACGGAUACGGCCAAAGGGAUAAGCUACUAUCAACCACAACCCACCAGCCCAACCCAAACCCGAUUAUCCUUCAACCCAACCAUGACUUAACUGUUGCGGCACAGUGCUGAGAGAGCGAUGGUGCUUACACGAACCGAAAGACUUGUUUGACGUAAGAAGAGACAGCAUUUACACACCACCGCACCAAGGACGAAACACAUAGAAAGAGGCAAACCAAACGAUGGCGAAGGAAUACGACUAUCUGCUGAAGGUGCUGCUGGUCGGUGACAGUGACGUCGGCAAGCAGGAAAUUCUCUCCGGCCUGGACGAUGGCUCGACGGAAAGUCCCUUCUGCAGCGGUAGCGGCACGGCGCACAAAACGACCACGAUCCUUCUCGACGGCAAGCGCGUGAAACUACAGAUCUGGGACACGUCCGGCCAGGGGCGCUUCUGCACGAUCAUCCGGUCGUACUCGCGCGGCGCCCAGGGCAUCAUCCUCGUGUACGACAUCACGAACAAGUGGAGCUUCGACGGGCUGAACCGGUGGCUGAAGGAGGUGGAGGAGCAUGCGCCGGGCGUACCGAAGGUGCUGGUCGGCAACCGUCUGCACCUCGCGUUCAAGCGGCAGGUCGCGGCCAAGCAGGCGGAACUGUACGCCUCCCGGAACAAGAUGGCGUGCUUCGAGAUAUCGCCCCUGUGCGACUUCAACAUCCGCGAGUCGUUCUGCGAGCUCGCCCGGAUGGCCCUGCACCGGAACGGCAUGGAGCGGAUCUGGCGCACGAACAAGGUGCUGUCGCUGCAGGAACUGUGCUGCCGGAGCAUCUGCCGGCGGACGAACGUGUACACGAUCGACAGCCUGCCGCUGCCGCCGUCGGUAAAGUCGUACCUGCGAUCGUAUGCCCUCACCUCCUCCCAGUGCUUGAACACGGUGCUGAACAAUUCUGCGUCGAUAGCGAAGAAUCUCAAGUGCAAAACGGCCACCUCCUACCAUCUGAAGCACAACGUGCGCAACGGUUGCGUGAUUUCAUGAUUGUCGUUUUGGGCGUUGGGGUCCGCCUAAGGGCGGACGCGCGAAUGCGCACUCUAGCCCACGGUUACGGUGGUCUUGUAUGUACAGGAAGGAUCAAUUACUUCAACCGCACACAUCCGCAGGCACAUAUGCAUACACAUACAUACUACCACACGUCCACACACAUACACACACAGUCAGGCAAGGCUGUAACUAUAUAACAUGAUACGGAUGGAGAGAAGAGCGCACAUUGCUUAAUCUAUUUUCUUUGGGUUGGUGUGUGUGUGUGUGUGUAGUGAGUGUGUGUGCGUGUGUGUGUGUGUAUGUGUGUGUGCGUGUGUGGGCGAGUUUGUAUUUUUUUUUUGUUCGUUAAGUAAGGCAUUAUUUUAACACCACUUGCUCUUGAUCCUCAGAAGUAUUUCUUACGUUGUUCUCUUCUCUUCACAACUAACACUAUUACCUCACACACGUGCUCGGUGCGCAAUGAGUGGCCGCAUGGCCAAGCCAAGCACACUAAACGGUUAGUUAAGUGGCGCUACGGCAGACAAGAAAGGAUAAUAGGUGCGACAGUGGCACACACCCCGAUUACCUCUCGAAACUAAUAUUACCACCACCACUAUUACUACUACUACUACUACUACAGCCACCACACGUCCAUUCGGGCAUUCAGCUAAUAAGCCCUUGUUAGAUUUUACGCGUCAGCUUUCAUCGGAUUAAUUGGUCAAAAGCAAUGUUUUCAGCUAAUGUUCUGGCGCCACGGAUGAUUUUCACCUCAUCUUUGUAAACAAAAAAAGCAAAAGAUCUGAAACAAAUGUGUUGAAAACCCAUCCUUACGAAACACAGAACAAUAGUCACUGGGAAAAAUACUGUGCUGUUCUAGUAAAAAUAGUACUUGAACCAAGAGAUGCUAUCGUGCGAGUGAGUCUCGUGUCUCACACCAUUUUACAUCACGAAAGGGCGAGCUUGUUUGCUCCGAACCGAAUCACGAAAAAAAAAACAAACAAAAAAACACUUCUUAAGUGAAUUUUUUGUUUACACACGUAAAUGCACACCUAGUUCGUAGAUCGGUCCCGUAAAUUUUAUUUACAUCGUGUCUAUUACCAUCUAUAUUUCUGCCCCCCCCCCUACAUUCACCAUCCCAUUGAGCGACUUUGGGCACAAGACAAGAAAUGAACCAAAUACUAAUUUUAUUAACACUUCGUCAAUAUAUUACAUUAUACAAUAACAACAACAAAAAAGAAGAAAAAAACGAAGAAAACGAAUUAGUCGAGCACACACACUGUCAUGCUAGGCGCACAGAAACACUCCCACACAGCUACAGCGAAGACGUCAGAGACGUUCAAUAGAAAGGAUUGUGUGGAAUUUAAGUUUGUUUUUUUUUUGGUUUGUUUUCUCGAUGCCCGGAGGAUUUGUUGCGAUUUUGUACGGCAAAAAGCAAAAAUCAGAAAACAAAAAAAAAAAACCGCCAAGAGCAGAAAGGGAUAUUGAC